AUGAAAAUUUUUAAGAUCUUAAAAUCAAUGGAUGUAUUUGGUGCAGCACUGUUUUAAAGAGUUGAUCAGAAUGCUUAAAUAUAUAAAAGUAUUUUUGGAGGUGUAAUAUCACUAUUAAUUUUUUCAUCAAGUUUGGCCUAUACAAUAUGGGAAUUCUAUAAGUGGAAUACUUACCAAUUAAAUCCUAAAAUAUCGACAUUUCUUUAUGCAUCUGAUUUCUCAUUAUUAGAUUAGAAUUAUGGAAUUCUUAAAAUAAAUUAUUGGAAAGACAAUAUUGAUACAAUUGAUCCUUUUGAGAACAGAAUUUUAAUACCACUAAUUAGUUAUACUGAAAAUUAUGUUGUUGUUGAUACUUAAGUUUUAAAAUUUUCAAAUGAAACGAGUUAUAAUGGAAAUUAGUUUCUGAUUCCUUAAAUGAAACUUGGAUUUUCAUAAAUAAAUGGUUCUUUAAUGACGACAUCUGAGAUGUACAUAUACUUUGUUAAAUGUUCUGAAGAACUAUUGAAUGAGAAUGAAAAAUGUGCUUCUUAAGAAAUUAUUGAUGAUUUCUUUAAAUAACCUUUAAAUACAAUAGUCAUGCAAAUUCAUUACAAUUAAUUAAAUUCUAAAGAUGCAUCAAUUGAAUAAAGUGUUUAAGAGUUUUUAAUUUAAGUUGAAUAAGAAAACUGCUAUACAUUAAAUACAUAUCUUCAGACAACAAAUUAUGAAGUGAGAAAUUAGUUUCUUUUUGGUGAACCUUAUUAUUAUGAAUUUGUUAAUGGAGUCUAAAUAUAACCUCAAACUAAUUCUUUAAAUUAUUGUAAGCAAGCUUUUGGUUAUGAAACAUAUUCUGUAAUUUAUAUUGAGAUGAAAGGGAAUUAGUUCAAAACAAUAUUAGAAUAUCCAAAUAUUGCAGAUAUAUUGGCAAAUAUUGGUUCAAUAGUAUCAGUACUAUAUAUGGUUAGAUUCAUAAUUAUAUAAUUAAAUUCUUAUUUUUUACAUUAAUAGGUUAUAAGUGAUUUAAUCUCAUUUUAUUAUCCUCAAUUUUAAAAUAUUAAGAUAUUUAGAAAUUGGAGAUUUCAGAUAAUUAAAGUUUAACUUAAAAAUGAGUAAAUAGAUAUUAGAGAAUACGAAUCGUUCUAUAGAAAUAUUAAAAGUUAGAUGGAAUUGAAAAUGACACUUUUAAAUAUACUAUAUGAAAUAUCAAGACUGUAUUUUUUAAUAAGAUCAAUUAAAAUAAGAGAAGAGAUAGAACGAUCUCACUAAAUUGGGAUUAGUUUAAGUUCUAUUUUUCAAUAGAAUAAUGAAAUAGAAUCUACACCAAAAUCUACACCAAGAAAAUCAGAAUAACUAUUAUUAAACAAUUUAGAUGUUAAUAUAUUAUCUCUUACUCAAAGAAAACUUUAGAGAUUGGAAAGUAUUGAAAAUGAAAUUCCAAUCGAACAGAAUGAUUUCUAUAGUGUUAACAGUAUAUAUUCUUGA